AUGGGUCUCCUUGCGCUGGGAACCGCGCUCGAAUGGCCCGAGGCGAAGAAGCACGCCCACCAAGUGAGGGAAUGGGGUAUCAAGCAACUGCUUGAGAUUUGGAACAAGGCAAAGGGCAAGGAGCGGGAUGCCAUGCUCUGGGGUGAUGAGGUCGAGUACCUGGUUGUCACCUAUACCAAGGAUGAACAGAAGGUUCUCUUAUCUCUGCGCCAGGCCGAGAUCCUCAAAGCCCUUGCCGCCGACACCGAGCUGGCCAAGGAGGGCUGCUGCGUGCCCGCCCUGCAGGAUGAGCCCGCGGCCAAGCCCAAGACAGGUUCCCUGCCAGUCUUUCACCCCGAGUUUGGAAGGUUCAUGCUCGAGGCCACCCCCGGGAAACCGUGGGGUAUCGGCUUCCGGGAGCUGCUCGAUGUUGAGCCCGACAUGAAGCUCCGGCGCAAGAUCGCCAAGGAGCACAUGCUAUCCAGCGAGUACCCAAUCACACUGACGACCUUCCCACGCAUCGGAAGCCCUGGCCAGUUCACGUUUCCCUACUAUCCGCCCUCGGGACCCAAGCUGCGUUCCCAGUUUGUCCCCGACGAGAUCGCCAACCCCCAUAUCCGUUUUCCCACCUUGGCCGCAAACAUCCGAUGGCGCCGGGGCCGAAAGGUCCAGGUCAAUGUUCCCGUCUUCCAUGACGCGAACACGCCGAAGCCAUGGGUAGACCCCACGGUCAACCGCGACCUGCACAACUGGCCCGAGGAUGAUGACGAGCGCAACGGCGCCGCUCCAGACGACUUCAUCCACAUGGAUGCCAUGGCCUUUGGCAUGGGCAGCUGUUGUCUCCAGAUCACGUUCCAGGCCAAGAACAUCACCGAGGGGCGACAGCUGUACGAUCAGUUGAGCCCUCUGGGCCCCAUCAUGUUGGCCCUGACUGCGGCGACACCCAUCUACAAGGGCUUCCUGGCCAACACCGACGUGCGGUGGAACCAGAUCAGCCGAGCGGUCGACUGCAGAACCCCCGAGGAGCUGGGCGAAAAGCCCCUGAAGAAUGACCGAUGGAGGAUCCCCAAGUCUCGCUAUGCGUCCAACUCGACCUACAUCUCCACCGAUCCCCGCCUCCGGCCCGAGUACAUGGAUCCGGACCUGGUCAUCGACCCGGAGAUCAAGGCCAAGCUCGUCGAGGGCGGCAUGGAUGAUCUGCUCGCCACACACUUUGCCCAUCUGUUCAUCAGAGACCCCAUCGUCAUCUUUGAGGAGGACCUCCAGGAGCUGGACCUGAACAAGACGGAUCACUUCGAGAACAUCCAGUCGACAAACUGGCAGCACAUGCGAUUCAAGCCCCCGCCUGCAGAGAACAACAUCGGCUGGAGAGUCGAGUUCCGGCCAAUGGAGAUUCAGGUCACCGACUUUGAGAACGCCGCCUUCUCCGUCUUCAUGGUGCUCGUCACGCGGGCCAUCCUGUCGUUCGACCUCAACUUCUACAUCCCCAUCAAAAAGGUCGACGAGAACAUGGAGCGCGCCCACGCCGUCGACGCGGUACUCAAGGAAAAGUUUUACUUCCGGAAGAACCCCUUCCCCCUGCGCCCGUCGCGCGCCAACACCGUCUUCGGCGACGAGUCGCGCCCCGGCUCCGCCAUGCCCAGCCGGCCCGGCUCGCCCGGCCUGCCCGUCGACGAGGAGUACGAGGAGAUGACGAUUGACGAGAUCGUCAACGGCUCGCCCGCGGGCGACUUCCCGGGCCUCAUCCCCAUCGUCGAGAGCUACCUCGACAGCGUCAACGUCGACGUCGAGACGCGCUGCCAGCUCGCCACGUACCUGAGCCUCAUCAGCAAGCGCGCGAGCGGCGAGCUCGACACCGCCGCCCGCUGGAUCCGCAACUUUGUCGACGCCCACCCGCGGUACAAGCACGACAGCGUCGUCGACGAGGCCAUGACGCACGACCUCAUCGGGGCCGUCAUCGCCGUCGGCGAGCGCGAGGCCGCGGGCAGGGGCUUCGCGGGCCUCGGCAUCCACGGGCUCCCGAGGCUGCUGGGGCGGUUCCGCGGCGGCUGCGGGCAGGACGAGGGGCAGGACGGGCCCAACGGCAAUGGGAACGGGAACAGCAACGGCCGAGACGUCGACGUAGACGUCGACGUCGAGGUUGAGGACGCGGAUCGUGAGAACGGCUCUCGCAAGCGCAAGAGCGACUGGCUGGACGGGGACGUCGGCCGCCCAGCGCCGUCGUCGUGA